GACGGUAUGAAGGGAACUCCCAGCUUCUCCAGUCACAAGCCGCCUACCCAUGAAAACACCGGAGAGACCCACAGAGGGAUUCGUACCACAUUGCGGUGACAUCAACUAAAAUUUGAAGAGAAGUCCUUCAACAUUUCGACGGCAAGGGGCGCAGUGUGUGGAGGAAGAGCUGAUGAGGUGAAGACAGCCAAAGGAGGCCACUGUGGUUCACCUGCUGUCUAUUGGUCCUGAUUCUGAGUGACCCUGCUGCCUACUUUCUCCCUCUAUCACUUCAGGAGGAGGCUGGGCUCCCUCUGGGUGCAAGAAACACCAUGUGCCAAAACUGGAGAGGACUUACCACUGCCCCAUAGACCACCAAACCUCUUGUGAACCUUCCUCUCUAGCUUGAGGACGCUCCUAAACCUCCGCAUUGCCCACUGGCCAUGAUGAAAAAGGUGGCAGCAUGGUCAGCAGAGGACGUCUCUGACUGGCUGAGCAAAGAGGGGAUGCCGGAGUACAUUGAUGCCCUCCGUCAGACGGACGGUGCUGCUCUGCUCAGGAUCAAUGAGACAGAUUUCCAGAUACCUCCCCUCUCACUGGUGUCGUCUGAUGGCGGGCAGCAGCUGCUGGAGCGACUUGAGACGCUGCGAAUAGAGACUCAUAUCGAGGCUCACAAAAACGGGCAUGCAAACGGGCAUGCUGGUGGACUACCUAAUGGAACUACCAAGCCUCAGAGGAAUGGCACAUUGGGGAUGAAGGACUUCAGGAUGGAGAUGGUCCACAUCCCCAUCCCUACAAUAGAAACGCGCUCCUCGUUCCCUGCUGAGUGGGGAAAGACAGGCAUAGCGUUCGUCUAUGCUGUGGUGUGCUUUGUUACUACAACGGUUGUCAUCUCAGUGGUCCAUGAGAGAGUACCUCCAAAGGAGCACACCCCACCGCUGCCUGAUAAGUUCUUCGACCUGUUUGACAGGGUGGAGUGGGCCUUCUCCAUCUGUGAGAUUAAUGGCAUGCUGCUGGUGGGACUCUGGCUGAUACAGUGGAUUCUACUCAAGCACAGGUCAAUUAUAGGCAGGCGGUUCUUUUUCAUUGUGGGCACACUUUAUCUGUACCGGUGUAUUACAAUGUACAUCACCACUCUGCCUGUUCCCGGGAUGCACUUCAAAUGCUCUCCAAAGCUUCUCGGGAACUGGGAGGCACAGAUGAGGAGAAUAAUGAAGAUGAUCGCCGGUGGGGGCCUCUCCAUUACAGGUUCCCACACCAUGUGUGGAGAUUACUUGUAUAGUGGCCACACAGUCAUGUUGACGCUAACGUACCUCUUCAUCAAGGAAUAUUCACCGAAGCGGUUCUGGUGGUACCACUGGUUUUGCUGGACCUUGAGCGCUGUAGGGAUUUUCUGCAUCCUUCUGGCCCAUGACCACUAUACUGUGGACGUGGUGGUUGCAUAUUUUAUCACUACACGCCUCUUUUGGUGGUACCAUACCAUGGCCAACCAGCAGUCGCUAAAGGAGACGUCACAGAGUAACCCGUUCUCGCGGGUGUGGUGGUACAGACUGUUCCAAUACUUUGAAGAAAACGUCAACGGCACGGUCCCUCGUAACUACCAGCUGCCGUUGUCACUGCGGUCGUUGCAAUGGAACCGCGGUGUGAAGUACAGCAAACUGGACAUCCAGUGACCCUUAUCAUGUCGAAGCAGGAGAGGACUAUGACUUCCAUAAGUGCUGUUUAUACCCAUGGAAGAUGGCACUGUUAAAUGUAGCGCUGUCAUUUCACCUCUAGUAACAGACACAUCUCUGUCCAAAUGGGUAGCACUGUGACCCACCUAGUAUUUUUUUUUUCUUUGUGUAUAUACGUAUAUAUAUAUAUGUAUUAUUUUUGUUUUCUCUCGUCCUCUUUCUCUUCUGGUAGUAUUUGCCAACACAGAGCACUAAUUUAUAUUUGUUUUGUGUCUUUUCCUCUUCGUGGGCCACACAACAGUUUAUGAAGCAUUUCCACAAACUUCUAAAACUCAAAGAUUUUUGGCCUAAAGGACUCAAAUACUUUUUUUCCCUCUCUGCACAAAACCAUAGUUAACGUCUUCAUGUUCUUACAAGACUUUUAGUGCAAAUGGUGUCAAUCAAAUGCUCAUUUGAUAACCAAAAUGCCAUAAGCAUUUUUUUUCCCUUUUUUUUUUGAUAUAGCAAAUUACUUUUUGUAAACUGUCCUUGCUAAAAUGAGUAAAAGGUGCAAAAAAUAAUUUUUUUAAGUAUGUCAAACUUUAUUUUUCAAAAACAAAUGAUGUCCAACAAAAAAAGAUUUUUAGAUUUUUACCUUUUUCAAGAUGGAUAACUGAGAGCAUAAGAAUCUAAUGUGGUAUAACGAUAUUCCAGUGCCUUUCUUAGCUUGAUUGUAAAACAGUUCAAGUACUAUGUGUCUUGUGUCUCUCUGCCGCGGGCUGCGACCACGCCACGGUGCGAGGUGGUACUUAGUUAACAGUCUUCGUUCCCAUGAAUGUAAAAACAACUACGCCAGCCUUACCAGAGAAUUGGUUUUCCCAAAAUUCAGUGCAGUGAGUGAAAUGUCCCGUUUAUUUAUUGACGCUUUACGAUGUCAGUCUGUGCUUAGUUGGUUGGCGCUGUUUUAACAGAAAAUAAUGACUGUUAAUUGUAUUUUUUUUUUUAUGUCGGUAACAUUUCAGUCUUUAACCAACACCAGCCAUGUUCAGAGCCUGAUCACUGAUGCUCGGUUAUCUGCUAGUAUUACUUUUCCACCACAACAUUACCUGCGAAACACCACUGCCUGAUCGGACACUGGAGAAGACAUGUCUCUGAGGUGCAGAGUUAAGUUACUCUGGACCUGGGCGUGUCUUCUGCAGACAACAAGCCCCUCUCUUGUUCCCCACAUCGAGUCCCAUUUUGAAAUCAGACUUUCCCUCAGCGCUGUCUGGUCUUGUAACCUCUCCGGCGGUGACGAGACGCAGAGAAAACGGAAGCUUCAGGUAAAGUUUCUGAUCAUAUCCGUAAUGAAUUUGUGCUUCUGUGUGGCUCCUCUCACUAAAUCAAGCUGCUACCUUCCAGUUUUUAGACAGUGUAUCUUCCACAUUGCCUCCUUAAGUGCAACGCCAAAACUAGGAGUAGCAAACUCAACGUGGAGCUCGUGUGUGGGGAAGAAGCUGAAGCACGAUGAGUAGAACUGGUGAUACAUUCGACCAUGUGUGUGCAGGUUAACGUUGAUUUCCAUGAAUGUGAAACGCGUCCUUAUUGAUAAUCCUAAUUAUGUUUUGUUUUUUUGCUCUUUGUAACUGCGACUGAACUGUAAAGAAUAAGUAUUGCACAAGUUCGUCUAUAGGGAAAGAUUUAACUCGUUUUGUGAAACUUUGAUUUCAAAUUAAACUGAUUAGUUACGAUGAAGAGAAACUGCACUAAACUUUAGAUUAUAUAAAUCCCAAAUACAUAAUAAUGUGAUUCAUUUCUUUAAAGGAGGGACUCAUGGAGCUAAUCUCGUUCAAUGCCAACAAGAGUCUUAAUGCUUGAGACAAACGACCCUCCUCUCUGUAGCAUCGUCUAAUCAUUUCACUUUAACAGAGAACGGUUUUUCAGUUUUUAAAGAGCACAGCAGGUUCCUCUCAUUCAGCUGUAUUUUGAUUACAGAUUAUGCUUGAAGUUACGGUCCAAACACGGCUCUCUGAUGUGCGAGGGCUCUGAUAAGGAUGAAGGUUGGAGUUAAUGUCUGUCUUCUAGUUUGCCAAUCAAGUUUUUUUUUUCUUUCUGUCCUCCUGUAUGUUUAUCUGUAAACUUCUCACCCAUGUCGUCCUUUUUUUUGUGCGGAUGUUUGUAAGAUAUGAUAAAGAAUUCUACUUGGGACGCUUUUGAAUAAAAAUGUUUUACUAUAAUGU